UUUACUUUCUAUACGAGUUUUCUUUGUAAUUUAUAUAACUUUCCAUACAAUUGUCUUUCAACGAUGGAUGAAAAGCAAAGUUACAAGCCAAUUGAGGCUGGAAAUGUUAAGCCCAAGCCUAAGAGUACAAUUAAAAAAUUCGGUUAUUUGGCUACAGCAGCAAUUGCAGCCUAUUUCUUAGUUUCAAGAAAUAAUCUUAUUCCAACAAAGUUCACUACUCAAGAUGAAGCUAAGUCAAUCAUUUUAGAUACUUUAGAAACUAACUUAGCUGGUGAAUGGUCUAAGAAGUAUACUUCUGAACCACACUUGGCUGGUACCAAUUAUGGUUUCGUUGAAUGGACUAGAGAAAAAUUUGAAGAAUAUGGUUUUAAAGCUUCAAUUGAUACUUAUGAUAUUUACGUAAGUUAUCCAAAGGAUCAUGACUUGAAUUUACUUAAGAAAUCAACUGAAGAAAUUGUCUAUAAGGCUCCAUUGAAAGAAGAUGAAAUUGAUGAGGAUGAAACUUCCAAAGGUGAUGAUCUUAUUCCUACUUUCUUAGCUUAUGCUGCCAAUGGUAAUGUUACUGGUGAAUAUGUUUAUGCUAAUUAUGGUAGAAAGCAAGAUUUUGAAAAGUUAAAGGAAUUGGGUGUUGAUGUUAAAGGGAAAAUUGCCAUUGUAAGAUAUGGUGGAAUUUUCAGAGGUUUAAAAGUUAAAUUUGCUCAAGAUAAUGGUGCUAUUGGUAUUUUAAUUUAUUCUGACCCUGGUGAUGAUCAUGGAAUAACUGAAGCUAAUGGUUAUAAACAAUAUCCUCAUGGACCAGCUAGACAAGAAAGUGCUGUUCAAAGAGGUAGUGUUCAGUUUCUUGGUGGUGUUGGAAGUGCACCUGGUGAUCCAACUACCCCAGGUUAUCCUUCUAAACCUGGUGCUGUUAGACAAGAUCCUCAUGUCAGCAUUGGUCGUAUUCCAGCCUUACCAAUUUCUUAUCGUGAAGUUAAGCCUAUUUUAGAGAAAUUGAAUGGUCAAGGUAUUAGAGUUCAUGACAAGGAUUGGACUGGUGAAUUAGAAGGUUUUGAUUAUUCUACUGGUCCAAGUGAUAAAUACACCUUGAACUUAUACAAUGAUCAAGUUUAUAAUAUUUCUACCUUGUACAAUGUUUAUGGUGAAAUUGAAGGUGAAAAGAAGGAUGAAGUUAUUAUUAUUGGUAACCACAGAGAUGCUUGGAUUAAAGGUGGUGCCGGUGAUCCUAACUCUGGUAGUGCAACUCUUUUAGAAAUUGCUAGAGCUCUUGGAGCUUUAAAAGCUAGUGGUUAUAAAUUCAAGAGAUCUAUUGUUCUUCAAAGUUACGAUGGUGAAGAAUAUGGUCUUCUUGGAUCUACUGAACAAGGUGAAUAUUUUGCUGAAACUUACAAACGUAAAGUUGUUGCUUACUUGAAUUUAGAUUCUUCAACUACUGGUAAAUAUUUACAUUUAAGUGCUUCGCCAGUCUUGAACCAUAUUUUACGUGCAGCUGCCAAAGAAUUAGAAUAUCCAGAAGAAGGUGUUGGUAGUUUAUAUGAUCAUUUUGUAAAGGAAAGAGGUGAUAAGAUCACCAACCUUGGUUCCGGUUCAGACUACACUGUCUUUUUAGAACAUUUAGGUAUUCCAUCAGCUGAUUUAGGUUUCGGUCAAGGUAAAGGUGAUCCAAUUUACCAUUAUCACUCCAACUAUGAUUCAUAUUACUGGAUUUCUCAAUUUGCUGACAAAGAUUUUGUCUACCAUAAUUUGGCCGCAAAAUACUUAUCAUUAAUUAUUUUCAAAUUAAGUGAACAUGAGAUUAUUGAUUUUAAGUUGAAAGACUAUUCUAAAGAUUUACUUACUUAUUAUAAGCAAGUUAUCGAUCUUGUUCCAGAAGACUGGUAUGAAGAUAAGGAAAUUAGUGAAGAAACUUUCCAAAAAUAUUUGAGUCAUGAUUUUGAAGAAGAACAAUAUAUUCAUGAUUCAACUGAUGGAUACUAUACUGCAGCAUCAUAUUAUCCAUUCCCUGAAUUGUUAAAGCCAAGACAAUGUCAACAUAAUAAAGUUGUUACUAUGCUUGACACUAAACACCACUUUAAUUUAACUUUAAAGCAUUUGGUUAAGAAGACACAUAGAGAUCUUAAGAGAUUAGCUAACAUCACCGACCUGUUUGAUGAUAAGUCUUCUGUACUUCAAUUAAAAUUUGAUGAUAAAGACUCUUUAUCCUUCUGGCAAAAGAUUAAAUUACAUUUCCAAAUCAAACAUCACAAUAAGUUAAUUCAAUAUUUUGAAAGAAAUUUCUUAUAUCAUAAGGGAUUAUUUGAAAGACCAUGGUUUAAGCAUAUUAUUUUUGCUAGUGGUAGAUUCACUGGUUAUGAAGGUCAAACUUUCCCAGGUUUAAGAGAAGCUGUCGAAGAUGGUGAUUAUGAAAGAUUUGUUGAAUGGUUAGGUAUUGUUUCUAAGACAAUUAAGAGAAUUUCUAUUAAAUUAUCUAUAUAAGGAAUAUUUUCUAGCUUAGUAUAUUUUAUAUAGUUUUAGUCCAUAUUUUAAUGUUAAUAAACGC